AUGCUGCUUGGGUCCAUGGGUGAAGCUGGGCAGGCGCGAAUCGCAGAACUCUCUCCGCAAGCUUUGGCCAACAUGCUGUGGAAGCUUGCGAGCCCCGAGUCUUCGCACGAACCUGUCAUGAGCCAAUCUCUGGGUCAAGUGCAGAGGCGGGUUUCAGGAUUCCAGUUCCAGGGCCUGGUCGGCAUUGCGUGGUCCUCCGCGCAAUCAGUUGCAUCGACGCCCCCCGUGCUGGACGCAGUGGUUGUUGCCGCGAUCGAGGCGAUGCAUCAGGCGAAGGAGCGGAAGGAGGUGCUGGUCCUGGCCCAGGCCUUCGAGGGCCUCGGGUAUGACAGCUUCAGCCAGCCGGAGCUCUGGGAGCGCAUCAGCGAAGACAUCCACAAGCACUUCCUGCAGAUGGAGCAGGAGCUGCGGACGACCAGCUCCGAGCUUCCCGACUCUGAGCUGGUAAUGGGUUCGCUGCAGGUGCUGCACAACGCCGGCUGCCUCACAGAGAAGAGUUUCAGCGGGAAGCCUAUAGGGCACUUUGCAUCCAAAUGCGCUUUGAUGGGUCGUCAGGUUUGGUGGAAGCACUGUGCCGGCCUGCAGCACCAAAGCUGUAGGAUCCCGAGGCUGCACAUUCGUUACACAGCCGCUGGGCACGCUGUUACACCACUCGUAGCUUCCAGUAGCUUUUGCGGUUACCUGGAGGUUGGGCACCUGGGCAGUUUGUGCAGCACACAGCCACAGCUGUCCCACACAGCGAUCGCAGCCAUCCGCGAUCUCAUAAAGAUCCUGGACCGGGCGUCAGACCCGGAUGCCGUGCUCGACUUUGCCUUGGCCGCUUACUUUGAUGAGGUCGUGCUUCGACAUUUCCGGUCGCUCACGGGUAAGGCCUUGGAAAACCUUGCAUCGGGUGAGCGAGGCAGCACAAGCAUUCCGCCGCUACCAGUUUUGCUACAACAUUGUGAGGAGGAUUUCGAGGCCUUCUCUGAUUGGUGUGGGAAGGUCGGCGAUGCUUACGUGUACUUUGUGUUCCUCGACAUCAAAGGCGACAGGGCACUGUUGUCACAUGCCGCAAAGCGUUUGCAGCAGUUGCUGCGGGUUGAUAUUCGCGGUUUGAUCGCAAACCUCUCUGUGACGAGGCAUUGGGUCCAACUGGUGUGGAAGGAGCUGGCCUGCCAGCGCAGGUCGCAGACAUUGCAACGGAUGCACAUGCAGGCAUUGCAGCAGUGGCUGUCACAUGCGAAGGAAGCUGCCGUGGCCAGCCUGUGCGAUAUCGGUGGCAGGGCAUUCUGGGACAUGUACUUUUGUGGCCUGACCAAGAUCAGCUGGCACGAUUUCGUGGACGGCCUGCAGGAGCAAUUUCUCCAAGACUUCUGUGCACAGGACAUACUGCCGCCUUUGCGACGUCGCGUGGUCAAGAAGUCCAAACACCAAGUUCACAAGUAUCAAUGGGAUUGCCUGCUUGAAACCUACGAGCAUUCAAUCCCGGACUUGCUGGAUGCCUUGCUGGAGGAGGCAUUGGAGGGCGGUGCAGCUGCGCUUGUCUACCGCGGCCUUUCCGGGCCAGCUCCGCAACCAAGCGGUGCGACACGCACUUUGCGGACAGCACCGGACGUGGACGAAGCUAUCAUGUCGGAGACGCAGUGCGCAGGCAGCGCAGGCGAAGAGAGCUGGAUAUUGCAGGACAACUUUCUCAGGAAUCUCAAGCCGACCCAGUCUUCAGACAUGUUGGUGGCUUCGGAACACUCUGCGACUGCAGUUCACUCCCUGGUGGCCGGGCGCACUCCACAGGAUCCCCGAAUGCGGUCUGGCCCGGCAGAGCCUGGCACCCGCAUGGAAUGGCAGACCUUUGUUGAAGAGUUGAGCGACUCAGAGGCGAGGUGGUGGGCUUCCACUGAGGUGGAUCGAUCGCAGUGCGCUGAAGAGGAUAAUCUGCGGAUUGCUGCGCUUGAUGCAGUCAACAGCUGCUUACACUGCUCGAGGCGUGUGCUCCUGCUGCGUGUCGCAUCUGGCGACCUAGCACACGACCGGCCAGUCCUGGAACUUCCAUCAGGACAUUACGGCCGCUCGGAUCAGACCUCCCAGAUGCCUGCUGUCUUCAUAAGCCCCAACAGCAUCACUUCCACGAUGGGGGUGACAAAGCUGGGGCGAGGGUCCAAGCGCAAAAUGAUGCUUCCUGACUUAUUCAUGAACGAGCCCAUUGCAUCUCGCUCCCACCUCGCCAUCUGCUACAAUGCCGACUCCGACAGGUACCAGAUCAUGGACACUGGCUCCAAGUGGGGCACGUUUGUGCAGGUCAAACCGGAGGGCGAGCUUUUGAAGUGUGGGGAUUGGAUACGCAUUGGAAAUGCCGAGCUGGUCGUUCGAUUCUGUGGUGGUCACUGCAAUGCCCACAGGUGGCAUAGCCAGAGAGGACAACGCAUGUCUGCUAUGGCUCGAUCCAUGAGCUCCUCUUCUCUGCAAGGCAGUUCGUCUUUCGCAAGUAGCCUGUCGAUGGGUAACUUGGCAGAGGAGAAGGAACCGGACGAAGAGGUGCAGGAGCAGAUUGCGUCUGUCCUCAGCGGGAGACCGCGAAAAGCCUGGGACACACUAGCCGACAAGAUGUGCCAAUCUCCUCACGGCUUCCAGGAUGCGAGGACUGGUCCCGACAUCCGUCCUCAUUCUUCGUCUGUGCCGUGGGCGCCUUUGGAGAUUGACUUCGUGUCAGGACCGCGCAUGGGGGAAAGGCUGCUCCUGACCGAUAGUAUAUGCGCGGUCGGUCGGGCGGACACUUGCACCGUCCAGAUCAGCGACCCCAUGCUGGCAAAUGUUUCGCGAAGGCAUUGCUUUCUGAAAAGAACCGCCCAGGGUUGGAAGAUUCAGGACAACAAGUCCACGAAUGGAACUUGGAGAAGGCUCUCCUGUGUCUUGGAGCCGUCCGAGCCAAAGGCCGGCAUGCCUUCGGAGAACUCGCAGCUGUUGAACGUUUGCAAGUCCUCCCUCGCAGGAAAUGGAUCGGUGUUGGCUACCGUCACCUGCAUCCAAGAUAUUGCAAUCGCUGCAAGAAGCUGCUGGCGCAGAGCAGCGGCCACUAGCCGAAGCGUCUUGGACGAAGGACAAGUCGGUGCCGAGCAGCCAGGUCGCCCACCGUUGAUUCCUCCUGGGCAGGAGCCUUCCAUCAUUGUUGAGUCAGACACAAUCUGCUUUUUGUGGAAGCCACCAGGGUGGACCAUGUCCGUCGGCAAAGAUCGGCUGUCUGGGAAGGGUGAGGAUAUGGAAGGAAAGGGACCACGAGGCGAAGCGAAGAUGCUGCAAAGCUGGCUGCGGCGAUGUUUCAGCGCACACCCCAUCGUGCACGAUGCAGAGGCCCAGCACGGGCUGUUGCAUCGGCUCGACGAAAACACGUCUGGGCUUGUCGCCUUCGCCAAAACGUUUUCGGCAUACUAUGCUGGCCAGGUAGCGUUUCUGUUGCGGAGGGUCCAGAAACGCUAUGUUUGUGUAUGUCAUGGGCACUAUCCGCCUGGGAAGUGUGGGCCUAUUGAUGCACCCCUCAAGAUGGUGCGAGAUGAGCGCGUUGGAAAGCGAAGUGUGACAGGAGCCGGAGGCCGCCCGAGCCGCACCUUGGUGAAAAGCGUAGCACACUUCCGGGGGCCUCAGGGCCAACCUCUGAGUUUGCUUGAGGUGGAAAUCCUCACUGGCAGGCUUCACCAGAUUCGGGCGCACCUGAGCGGCGAAGGCUUUCCUUUGCUCGGUGAUGCCACUUAUGGAGCAGACCCAGACUUGGAUCGGUGGUGCUCGCGCAUCUUCUUGCAUGCAGCAUUCCUAGGGCUGCUGGUCGAAGGCAACCUGAUCAGUGGCUUCUGCCCUUUGCCAGAUGACCUCUCCGGCAUGCUGAAGCUUAUGAAAGGUGGCUCCGUGAGAGCAGUGCGACAGAUCUCAAACUGCGAGUCGUGCAUUUGCAGCGUGGUUUUGGCUCGAGAGAUCAGAGCCAACACGCUUGUGAAAGCUGACGGCCGGAGGUUUGCUGUGCGAGUGCCGAGAUCGGACCAAAGCACCAGAUUGGUAGAAAUCGACAGCCAGAUGGAAGGUAUUGUGGCUGACAUGAAUUUCAUCUCCGAGCCAGUUGCUCACAGGCUUUCUCCAGAUGUCAUGUCCGGCGGAGCACCAUCACCAAAUGUGAUGCAGCUGCCUGCUGGUUUCCUGACUCCGACCAGUCCUGAUUUGCGAUCAGCUUCGCCGUUCCGAAUGGUGUGGCCUGCGCAGUCGCCGACAAAGCCAUUUGGACAUCGCUUCGCCCGCUCCUUGAGCCCUCCAGUGCGAACCCCGUCACCUGCAGUGCGACAGGGCAUUGCCUUCGCACCAAUCCCUUGCUGCGGUGCAACUCAGUACAUGAGUGGGGCGAAUCGCGGAAGAUCUCCCCCGCCACAACCAACAUCUCCAAAAAGUCUCACCAUUCCUUCGAUCAUGCGAGCAGCCAACCCCAGUUCUCAUGCUGGGAUUUUCGUGCCGAUGAGCGAUGGCUAUCAAGAGCAACCAACGGCAGAGCUGCUUUCUGGGCCACCUCCAUCGGAGCCAAUUUCAAUGGCACACGACAGCCCAGCAGUGCAAGUCUUUUCACCCGUCGAGGCGGCGCACGGCGGACAGGGCUUCGUCCCAAGUGUGGGUUGUGGAGCUCCUCACUCCCAUUCCCACUCCCAGAUGCAGGCGGUUCAAGAGGUGCAGGCGGCGCAAGCAGCGCAGGCAGCGCAGGCAGCGCAGGCAGCGCAAGCAGCGCAGGCGGCGCAGGCAGCGCAAGCAGCGCAGGCGGCGCAAGCAGCGCAAGCAGCGCAAGUGGCACAGGCGGUCCAAGCAGCCCAAGCAGCCCAGGCAGCGCAGGCUGCACAAGCUGCUCAGGCUGCCCAGGCAGCAGCCCAGAUGCAAGCUGCACAGGGGGUGCAAGCCGCGCAGGCGGCCGCUGAAGCAGCACAAGCAGCCAGGGCACAAACGGUCCAAACUCCAAACCUCCUGACAGCAUCGGCUCCCUUCCUUCAUGCGGCACAGUGCGGAGUCACUCUGCCUGCGUCACCAGUGCCACGGCUCGUGCUGCCCCAGACGGCCCAGGCUGCCAUGGGAGGAAGCCCAGCAGCGAGUGUGUCCGGCAGCCCGCAGCUGGAAAACAGGCAUGUGGCGCAGGGCGCCAUGACGACGCAGCCCUCUCACCGCUGGGUCGAGCUGCCGCCUUUGCAAGGGGCUGUGCCCGCAGCUGCGUCGACUCGGUGUCGUUCCCCUGAGGCGGCAUCGGUGACAUCGACGGGAUGCUCAAUGCGCUGUCCAAGCGAACCUCCUGUCGCUGGUUACAAGCUUCCUAUCUAUGUGAAGCCGCACAGGCAGAUGCAGAACCUUGGUGCAGGGCAUGGCAGCAUUCCACAGGAGCCCAUGACAAUGCCUCUGGGAGCCAGUGCCGCGGGCAUGGCAUCACCUCGUGGAUCGCAGGGCAUGGACGGAGUUCUGGAGCAGUGCAUCGAAACGAAGGAGCAGGUGUCCAACCUCACCGCGAUUCUGAAACUUUUGGAAGGAGAUGUCGAUGUUAUUCGGCGCGAGAAUUUGCAGCUGCGGGCCGCCAUGCGCAAUCGCUUGCAUGGCAGUGGGAGCUUGCGAGGCGAUGCAGGUUCUGAAGAGACGGGCCUCGGCCCGGUCGACAGUCUCCGCAGCGAGGAAGCGCAGCCGGUGCAACCGCAAGGACUGAGAGGGCCUGAGCGGGCUCCUGGAGAGGCCGAGACUGAUGCCAUGUGCCCCGCACGCGGCUACUUGCCGGGAUGGGCUGCCCAGUGCCCUCCGCCUGUCCGAGAGCAGCGAGAGCGAGCCCCAAAAGCUGACAAGCAGGACGUCCAGGAUUCCCAUGAUUCCCAUGCGCACAGAAACGGCGAUGCCCGCCAAGGUCCGUCAAGUAUGGACAUGGACGAAACCUCAAGCACAUAUAGCAAGAAGGGAUCGCCAUCCAGCAGCGUGCAGGCAAGUGCGAAGUCAGAUGGCAGGCACAGGCAGUCACAGAUGACCCACAUUCCCACAGAAGAAGAUGCGCUGCACAUUCCCGGAGUCCCUGAGCAUGACACUUGCCCGUCGGUGUGGCCCGCCUUCCUCGCAGCCAGUCGUGAGAAGAGAGAGAAAGCAGAGAAAACAGAGAAGGCAGGGAAGGGCAGAACCGGCAGCGGCGGAAGCGGCGGAAGCUUGGGAAGCGGAAGUUUGGGAAGUGGAAGCCUGAGCUCUGGCUCCAAGAAGGAUGGAAGGCACAGGCAGGAUCGCCGCCAGGGCCAAGUGGCUCAAGGAGCUCGGGGUGCCAAGGAGCCUCAGAAAAGGAGCGAGGGGCCCGGGAGCGAGGGGCGAAGCGGACGACGUCCGUCGCAGGAGGAGGAUCUGAACGAGGCAGCUUUUGAGGCAGCGGCUGCCGCUGCCCGGCAAGCGGCAGAAGAGGCCGCACAAGCAGCGAAGGCAGCGCAACUGCAAGAGCAAGUGGCAGCUCAGCGUGAGGCCCAGCUAAAGGAUCUUGAAAGUCAACUGGUCGCGGCAAAGAAGCGGAACGAAGAGCUGGAAGAGGCAGCUGCACUCGCAGCACGCAGGGAGGAAGAGCUUGCGGCGCAGGCUGCAGAAAUGCAAGAUCUGGCAUCCAAACUGAGCAGCACGAAGCAGCGAAACCAGGAGCUCGAAGCUGAAGCUGCGGCUGCUAAAGCAGCUAAAGCAGCCAGCAAGGCUGCGAAGGACCAGGCCAAAGCUACGGCUGUGGAGGAGCACGCGAGAGAAGUGGCGGAGGCGGCGGCCACGGCGGCUUGGGCAUCGGCGAAGGAGUCUCGUAUCGCCGAAAUGCGAGCGCGGCCCAUGCCUGCCCAGGAAGUGGAGUCCGAAGCUGUUUCCUGGGCGCCGCCUGCCACAGGGCUGCCACAGGAUGCAGACAAGGCCGAGGAGGGUGCAAGCAGGCAGAAAGCCAACUCCGAUCAGACUCGGCCAAGUGACAGGAGAUCGCGGCGCGACCAAGGCAACGGCCGAGGCGGCCAGCGGGAAGUAUCGGACAAGACCAAUUUGGGCACGAGCGCCGCGCAUGCGACGAGAGAUGAUGGCCAACUCGUCGAGGGCCCUCCCCGACAUAAAAGUGUUCGCCUCGCAGAUGCUGCUACCAGGAUUGACUUUGACAGGCAAGACACGGACAAGAAUCCGUCAGGUGCAGGGAAAGCGCCAGAGCGCGGAGAACGUGGGGCGAAACGGGCAGGAGCCACCUCCUCUUCAGCGAGGAGUUCCGACGGGAAUCCGGCCAGUCGGGCAGGAAGCAUGCGUCUGGGUUCAGAUCGCCGAGGAGCUGCGAUGUCAAAGGGCGGGGGAGCCUUCCCAGGCUUGACCAAGAAGCAGCCGGAAUCCCCAAGCCCAUCGUCGCCAAUGUCUCCACAGUUUGAUCCCAGCGCAGGACGGCAGCGAGGACGAGAGGUGACGCUAACCGAGGAGCGCUUCUUCCAAGCACCACCUGCCGGUGCGUUGCAGGUGGACGAGCACGGCCCAGGCGUUGACGAUUGUGACCGAGAAGUGAUGAUGGGUGUUGAGGAUGAUGAUGGCGACGGCUCCCGAAGUUGCUGGCCGUCUCAGGCCGUUUCCAUCGGUUCCAUUGGGUCCUAUAUGCAGAUGGAGGAUGUCUCCGAGAUCUCACCAGACUCACCCGGCCAGUCUGCCGGGUGGCGAAAGCUACGCGCGAAAUACGGUACGGCGGCUGCUUUUGAACAGCUGCUGCAGCAAGUCCGUGCGCACAACACCCAGCAGCUGUACGAAGAUGAUUGGACGCACACAUUGGCAAGCUCUCCUGUUGCUGCUGAUGGUCGUCCAGAGCCCGUGCAAUCUGUGCAUCUGCUUCGAGACUUGCGCAAAGCGAGCAGACAAUGCUGGCCUUACCGGACGUCGCUCUUCAUCUUCCUGGGUGGUGCUGUGGCGUUUUUCGUGGUUGGGCAGCCUGGGGAGCGCACCACACUGCUGGCGAAUGUGGGCUUCGAGCUUACGCUAGGAAGCGUUUCUUUGCCAGAAGGACAGCCAGAUGAACACGAGCUGCCAAAGUCUGCAGCACUGUCGAACCCCCAAGACCUCAGCUCAUCCUGGUACGGAUUCUACAUACAUGCUCACGGGCGCCCGGCAGCUGUGAUUCGCUUGGUGAGAGAGGUCAAGAAGUUUUUUGCCGGAUCUCCGAUCUAUUUGAUGAGUGAAGGAUACAUGGACUUUGCACCGCUUUGUGCAGCAGAAGGUUGCAAAUUUGUGAUGUGUCCACCUGCUAACGACCGAUGGCAUCCGUGGCCUUUCUUGCGACGGCUACACGAUGCCGCAACGUACUUGCAAUCCGAAUUCGUGAUACUUCUGGAGCCUGACAACACGCUUCAUGGGAGCAUAAGGCAAAAGCCUGACUUUGAUGCGGGGGGCCUGCUUGUGAAGGACAGCAAGCUUGGUGGCAGUGAAUACGUCGAGCGGCUGGCCCGUGUCCGCGUUUCUGAUUUCCACUGGACCCCCAGCAUUCAGCAGGUUGCCCUUCGUGGAGGAUCUUGCUUCCGCAGAGCUGUGGUCUUGGAUGCAUUCGCGGAUGAGAACGUCGCGAAGAUAGACUGGAAUAUGCUCGCAGAGAACUUCAGCAAGGAGAUCUUCUCUUAUGACUCCGCGAUGCAGUAUGCUCUUGCAGCGCGCGGCUGGGCUGUCAUGCCGUGGACUGAAGUCAAGAUGCACGAGGAUAGAAACCAAGAUGCAGCAUUCCUUCUCGGAAACCCGGCGUACGAGGUGCAAUUGAAGCCUGAGGAUGCAAAACUGUACAGCGAGUCUGAGGAGUACCAGGGAAAGGACCUGACUUGUCAAGUGUGUUACAGCUUCGAGCGAUACGUUGAGCGAUGGGGAACGGACAGAUGUACAAAUAGAAAGGCAUUCGAGUUUUCCGAUCGCCUAAUCGAGCGCUACCACCCGCACUUGACGAAGGGUGAGCCCUGUGAGACCGACCUUGGGAGCCUGUGUGAGCCAGGAAAAAAAGCGCUCCGCUUUGCAUCAACGACAGGUGGAUCUGGAUUCGCCAGUCCUGCCAGCACCACCCGGGUCGUCGAGAAAUAUGGCUUCUACCUGCACGUGUUCCACUCUCCUGCAGCAGUUCUCUACCAGGUGCGGAAACUCAAGGAAGUGUUUCCGAAGUCACCGGUAUACAUCAUGAGUGAUGGUGGCCUUGACUUCGGUCCUCUGUGCAAUCAAACAGGUUGUACUGCGACUGUUUGCCCCCCUGCCAACGACCGCUGGCACCCGUGGCCAUUCUUUCGAAGGCUGUACGAUGCAGCAGAGGCUCUGAACACGGAGUUCGUCAUCAUGUUGGAGCCCGACAACACGAUUCAUGGCCCAAUAAAGGAGCCGCCCAAGUACGAUGCGGGAGGAGUGCUGGUCAGGGAUCGCAGUUUCGCAGGUGCUGAUUAUGUGGAGAAGCUUGCCAAGAAACGCGUGGAUGGCUACAAGUGGCGCAAAAAGAAUCAGCAAGCCGGCUUGUGUGGAGGAUCUUAUUACAGACGAGAGGCCAUACUGGAUGCGUUUUCAGAUGAGCGCGUUGCGGAGAUUGAUUGGAACUAUUUGGGAGAGAAGUUCUCGAAAGAGAUAUACUCGUCAGACUUUGCUCUCCAGUACGCGUUGGCAGCUCGAGGAUGGACCAUCAUGCCAUGGGAGGAAGCUGCACAGAUGCACAACGACAAGGACAUCCCACUUGCGGGCCCCAAAGAUGCUGCAUUCCGGCACUACUCGGGACCAGUGGGCAAGCCCACCUAUGAGUUGAAGAUGAGGAAAGAGGACCAGCAUCUUGUGAAGGAGCAACCCGUGCAGUACAGAGGCAGAGACCCCAACUGCCAGCUAUGCUACAACUUGGACCGAUAUGUUGCGCUUUACGGCUCCUCUCGCUGUACGAGCAAGCUGCCGUUCAAGUAUUCCAAGCUUCUGAUGGAGCGAUAUCAUCCAGAAUUGAAGACCCGCAAAUGCGAUCUCAUGUAUCUCUUCCUGAUUAUGGAGGUGGCUUUGCGAGCCGGGAAAGAUCGCGCAGUUUGGGUAGCGAGCUGUGGCGACCAGCUUUCGUCUCGUGGGGUUGUCAAUAUACUCGAGGGGAUGCUGAAGGAAGGUCAGAUCAGAGGAUCCGAAAUCGAGGAUAAGCCGAACAGUGAGGACGAAGAAGAGGACAGAUCUUUGGCAGGUGGUGAUGAGGGCGGAUAUGGGCCCAACUGGCGCAAAGUCAGACGUGCAGUUGAGGUUGCAUCGGCUUUCAAUGGCCUGCUGCAAGAUGUUCGGGAUAACCAAGCCGGCAGCCUGUACGACCGCGACUGGAAUCGGCCAGGGUUCGGAGGCAGCACAAAGCUCAUGGGCCCCAGGAUGCCAACGCAAUUCUUGGGUUCUCCACUGACUGGCUCGCAGCGCCUCAGUCGAGCAGCGCGGCUUGACUCUCCCCCGAGGAAUGGCGCAAAGUCCCAGAAGCUGACCAUGGUUUCCAAGUCCAAGUCGCAGAAAGCGCCAUCAUCAUCCGCAGCCCAGUCUGCGACCACACCUCGCUGGAUACAGGUUUCAUCGCCGCAGAGCUCAGUAUCCCUAUCAGAACGAUUGGACUCCCCACCAGCAUCAAAGCCAGCUUCCAAAACACUCUCCGGCAGAGCUGAUUCCACAGCGCUCGCAGACAGACCGGAGACUUCAAACCCUCGAAGAAAACAGCCUUCGACGACCUUCUCCAAUCUGGUCGGAUCAAAGAGCAGGGGUUCGUCCAAGACACCGCCAGAGUUUCACGAUCUGGCAGACGAAGACGAUGCCAUACAGUUCUCAGCAGAGGCCGAGUCUCGGCAACCGUCCUUGGCUUUGUCGGUCAGGGCACGGGAAGGCUCUAUGGUGUUGGCCAAGACUCCGUCCAUGGCUUUGUCCGUCAGAGAUGGCUCGAUGGCGCUCUCUGAGAAGGUAGACGACGAGCCGGGCAUCAGGACGAAAGUGGUGGAGAAGCACACGCACUCGCACACCACCUCUCACACGCAUUCUCACACGCACACGCACUCUCAUACCAAAGAAACCAGGAUCAAGACGAGUUCGAAGAAGCUGGCUGGGCCAGGUGCGACUGCAUAUUUGGGGGACCACGAGACAACCCAGAUCGAGGAGAUCUACUACGAAGAGGAAGAAGGCGAAGGUCCUCCUCCUGCAGCAUUCACAGCUCCAUUGUCGGCCAUGACCUCGAGGAAAUCCAUCAAGAACAAUGUGGAAGAGGGAACAACCCGGACGUCGACGGAAGCUGCUGUUGCGGUUACAGCCUCUUUGACGAAUUCGGGUCUUGGCACUGGCUCCAAGGCUACGCAGCGAGGAGCCGUUGGCAGAAUUGUGCAGAGCAUUGAAGCCCACACUCCCAAGAACAAAGGUCACCAGCGCGCAGCUAUGCCCUGGGGGGGUGUUGGUGUCGGAAUUUCGUCCAUUCAAGCUUCCUGGUCGCAGCGAUGA